GUUGCUAAUGUUGCAGUCUCUGGUGUGGUACCACCUAGAGGAUACCACCCCCGCCCCACUCCCGCCUCAGUCUCUGUUGGAUCAUACAGGUAGGGUGCAGCCUGAGGCUUGUUUAGCACAACAGGUGCAAACCACAUUGUUGCCAGGACCCGCCUGAAGCUGGAUUCUCCUUGCUCCCUCCUUCCACCCCGCCUCUUCCUUCUCCCUGUGCUUCCGGCCAAAGGCUAGAUAGAUGCCCUGUGUCCAAGCCCAGUAUGGGACACCAGCACCAAGCCCAGGACCCCGUGACCACCUGACAAGCGACCCCCUGACCCCCGAGCUCAGCAAGCCCACCAUGGACCUGGCCAGCCCUGAGGCGGCCCCCACUGUCCCCACUGCCUUGCCCAGCUUCAGCACCUUCAUGGACGGCUACACAGGGGAGUUUGACACCUUCCUCUACCAGCUGCCGGGAACAGCCCAGCCGUGCUCCUCGGCCUCCUCCUCAGCCUCCUCCACAUCCUCAUCGUCAGCCACCUCCCCUGCCUCUGCUUCGUUCAAGUUUGAGGACUUCCAGGUGUACGGCUGCUACCCCGGCACCCUGAGCGGCCCUCUCGAUGAGACCCUGUCCUCCAGCGGCUCUGACUACUAUGGCAGUCCCUGCUCAGCCCCAUCACCGUCCACGCCCAGCUUCCAGCCGCCCCAGCUCUCUCCCUGGGACGGCUCCUUCGGCCCCUUCUCGCCCAGCCAGACUUACGAAGGCAUGCGGGCAUGGACAGAGCAGCUGCCCAAGGCUUCUGGGCCCUCCCAGCCGCUGACCUUCUUUUCCUUCAGCCCUCCCACCGGCCCCAGUCCCAGCCUGGCCCAAAGCCCCCUGAAGCUGUUCCCCUCGCAGGCUGCCCACCAGCUGGGGGAGGGAGAGAGCUAUCCCAUGCCAACAGCGUUCCCAGGCCUGGUGCCUGCUUCUUCACACCUUGAUGGCUUGGGGAUGGUGGAUGCAUCCGUGACCUCAGCCAAGGCCCGGAGUGGGGCUCCGGGUGGAACUGAGGGCCGCUGUGCUGUGUGUGGGGACAACGCCUCUUGCCAGCAUUAUGGUGUCCGCACCUGCGAGGGCUGCAAGGGCUUCUUCAAGCGCACAGUGCAGAAAAAUGCCAAGUACAUCUGCCUGGCUAACAAGGACUGCCCUGUGGACAAGAGACGGCGAAACCGCUGCCAGUUCUGUCGCUUCCAGAAGUGCCUGGCUGUGGGCAUGGUGAAGGAAGUUGUCCGGACAGACAGCCUGAAGGGGCGGCGGGGUCGGCUCCCUUCAAAGCCCAAGCAGCCCCCGGAUGCCUCCCCUGCGAAUCUCCUCACCUCCCUGGUCCGGGCACACCUGGACUCAGGGCCCAGCACUUCCAAACUGGACUACUCCAAGUUCCAGGAGCUGGUGCUGCCCCACUUCGGGAAGGAGGAUGCCGGGGACGUGCAGCAGUUCUACGACCUGCUUUCGGGUUCCCUGGAGGUUAUCCGCAAGUGGGCUGAGAAGAUCCCCGGCUUUGCCGAGCUGUCCCCCGGGGACCAGGACUUGCUGCUGGAGUCGGCCUUCCUGGAGCUCUUCAUCCUCCGCCUGGCCUACCGGUCUAAGCCGGCUGAGGGGAAGCUCAUCUUCUGCUCGGGCCUGGUGCUGCACCGGCUGCAGUGUGCCCGCGGCUUCGGGGACUGGAUCGACAGCAUCCUGGCCUUCUCUCGCUCCCUGCACAGCUUGGUCGUCGACGUCCCUGCCUUUGCCUGCCUCUCUGCGCUCGUCCUCAUCACAGACCGGCACGGGCUGCAGGAGCCUUGCAGGGUAGAGGAGCUGCAGAACCGCAUCGCCAGCUGCCUGAAGGAGCACAUCUCGGCCGAGGCAGGAGAGCCUCAGCCGGCCAGCUGCCUGUCGCGCCUGCUGGGCAAGCUGCCCGAGCUGCGGACCCUGUGCACCCAGGGCCUGCAGCGCAUCUUCUACCUCAAGCUGGAGGACUUGGUGCCCCCUCCGCCCAUCGUCGAGAAGAUCUUUAUGGACACGCUGCCCUUCUGACCCCAGCCCGGGAACACACGUGCACUCUGUGCGCACGCUUAUACGCCACCCCACGUGCCUUUAGCCCACGGCCCACGGACCCCUGGAGCACCACCCCUCAGCCUGGGCCUGAGCUGCAGACUGGCCGCCCCUCCCCGCCACCUGCUCUGGGAGGUCGGCAGGGAGUUCAUGCCCUGGGGGAGGGGGAUGCAUUCACAGGGGUGACCCGUACUAUUUGUCUUACCCCCCAGCCCAGCCCUGGUCUUCAUGUUUUUGUAAGAUAAAACCGUUUUUAACACACACGCCGCCAUGCUGUAAAUAAGCCGAAUGCUGCUGUAAAUACAGGAAGGAAGAGGUUGAGGUGGGAGUGGGGUUUGGGAGGGAGGGACGGGCCCCCACCAGCCUCCUCCUACUUGCUGUCUCUUCCCGCCCUCCUUCCACGUGUACAUAGACUCACUCUAGGAGGAAGACAAGUGACAGAUUCUGACAUUUAUAUUUGUGUAUUUUCCUGGAUUUAUAGUAUGUGACUUUUCUGAUUAAUAUAUUUAAUAUAUUGAAUAAAAAAUAGACAUGUAGCUGAA